AUGACUCGGUACGGGGGCCUGGGCCGGACGCGCCCUAAAAAGCUCACGUCUAAGGCCUCCAUUCCCAUCGUUCGUGAGGAGGAUAUCGAUGCUUUAGAAGAAGAUAUCCAAAAUCUCCAGCAGAUCGAAACUGGUGUCGAAAAGGCCGAGGAGUCGGAAUUCCACUUGCAAGUUGCCAUAAACCUCACCGCACAGGGCAAAGUCAACGAUGCGCAUAUUCCCACCCCCGAAACCAUCCUCAGUAGCCUGCGCUAUGAUGAGCUGUACCCUCCACUCUUUUCGCAACCCGCGACGUAUAUCCGCUCCUCGGCCACCGUCGAGGACUGCUGUGGAUGCACUUACAACAUGACUGAGGAGGACGCUGUCUUCCUCAAAAUUUACAACCAGAAGCGCGACCCAUCAGCGCAAUGCUCCGAGGAUAAUUUCGAGGCGACAAUGAAUUUCUUUGAGGAGACGGCACAAGCCAAGCAACCAUUUGCGGCCGUAGAUAGCCCGCCAGUCCUGAGCUUCACAGAAAUGGAGCAGGCCAUGGAUGCUGCCGUAGAGGAAGCUGUGAAGCACUUUGCCAAAGACAUUUACCCCCACUGGAAAUCGCGUCGGUCCGUGGAGAACAAUAAUUCUCUGGAGCCGAGCCUCAAGUUUGAAACUGGCCAGGACACUGACGAUAGCGAUCCUUAUGUUUGUUUCCGACGACGUGAAGUGCGUCAGAUUCGUAAGACCCGUGGUCGUGACGCGCAAAGUGCUGAGAAGCUGCGCCGACUGCGUAAGGAGCUUGAGGAUGCUCGACAAAUGGUCGCAUUGGUACGGCAACGCGAAGUGGCCCGUAAGGAGAUGUUGACAAUGGAGCGAACGAUCUUCUUGCAGCGCUCCGAGGUCAAGGACAUGAAGCGCAAGUUGAACAUCAAGGACGACGACGAGGAUCUGAUCAACCAAAAGCCCAAGAAGAAGCCAAUGGAGAUCCCACCCGGACAACGUCCCAAUGCGCCUCAGCUCCGGAUGCCUCUCAAGGGGGGCCUUCAGGGCGCAGAAGAUUUGCAAUUGCUGGAAGAUGUCCAAGCGGAGAAGGAGAACGAGAUCUUGCGGGAUAUCAAAGCAAAUAUCACCAAGCAUAUCAAGUGGAACGAGGGUUAUGUCGAUCAUACUCGCGCGCCACUUUCUCCCUCUCCCGAAAGGACAUUCGAUGCGACUGCCUUUCGCCCUGCCUUUACCGCACAAUUACCAACCCCACCAUCAUCAGAGUCGUCUGGCGAUAUGAUGGACACAUCAUUAGAUAUAACUAGCCCCCUCUUCUCUCGAGAUAAGAUUGCCUCCCGAGCCAUGGAGAUGCACGAGGAGCCACAUCGAAUGCCGUCAUUCCGCAGACGUGUCGGACGAGGUGGUCGGUUGAUGAUUGAUCGUCGUAACUUCGCGGCGCGCUGUAAAAUUGAUAUGGAUCCUUUCAAGGCCGAUCGAUUUAAGUUCGAUCAAGAAGAUUCUGAUGAAGAAUCCGUCUUCGAAACAGAUGGGUUCAGCAUUCAAAUCAUGCAGCACCGUGCCAUUACCAUGGCGAAGGCGCGCGAACAAGCCGCUGUGGCUGCCCAAGCUCAUGCGCAGGCGCAAGCUCAAGCAGCCCAGGUUCAGGCCCAACGACGAUUGCAAAAUGAACAACCUGGGAACCAGGCACCACCCCCUGCACCCAGCGCAGUACCUGCAUCGUCAGAAGCUUGA